AUCAACACCGUAAACAGUCAGUUCUGUACGUUAAGACAGGAUUAACUUUUAAGUUACAAAAUGAUUCCGUUAACCCUCACUGCUGGUUGGUGUUGCAAAAAGUCAUCUCCCACUAAGAGAUGAGCACAUUCACUGUGGGUGCCAUGUCGCAGUCAGCUAUGUAAUCUGAUGGACAUGUAUUUGACUUUGAAGAUUUUGUUCAUUCCAGCAGCAGCAGAAUUCUUAAUGGGUGUGUAAACCUUACAACAAGAAUGCACAUGCUUGAAUAGCAAUGAAUGAACCAGUUCAGUUGUAAGAUGCUUAUCGUGUUCAAGUCUAACCUGUUAAGACUUUGGGAUCUGCAUUUAUAAGUUGAUGGUGAAAAUGAAACUGAGGGCAGUGAACGCAGAACGACUCGGAUACAACGGAGGAAGUUACACAAUGCCAAAGCCAAAACCAGUUCCUUUGCCAAGGACACAGUUUUUCCCUUCAAACAAAACUGAGGAUGACGAGCUGCCAAAAUGUAGCUCCGCUCCUCAGUCUCCCACGACAUCUUCACAGGGAGGUUUGGUCUGCCAAACUCCUCCACCGGUGUCACCAAAGAGGUGGACUGUCAAAAGGAGUUCAGGAGGAUAUGACUCUGUAAAUGGCACUCUGGAAAUAGUAAAGGUGGUUGCUGAACCACCAAGAUAUGCGAACUGUAAACCACAACCUCCUCCGCUGCCUCGGAAAUCUCCAAAAGAACAGCCUGAGACUGCAUACGAAAUUGUGGAAGUUAACUCUUUGUCGGACCGGCAGAACGAACCGAUACCCUGGAAUUCUCUGUGCAAAGACCUUAAACUAAGAGGGGAGACCGAAACAAAGAUCAUCCAAGUUAAAGCCGAACAUCUCUACAAGGCUAUCCAGCAUUACAUCUUCCUGCUGUCUGAACAUGGUGACAAACUAAAGGAACACACUGCUGAGCUGCUCUGCAUUGCUGACAACUUGGACAAGGUUUCAAAGGGGACCAAGAUUGCUGGCAUCACAGGAGGGGCCACAACUGCAGCGGGAAGUGUGGCAGCAGUUGCUGGGGUGAUUCUGUCUCCAUUCACAAUGGGAGCCUCACUGGCUCUAACUGCAGUCGGGGUUGGCGCGGCUGUGGCUGGCGGCGUCACCGGUGCAUCAGCAGCCAUCGCCAAUAAGGCAAAAGUCGAUCAGGGUAAGAAGAAAGUAGAGAAGACCUUCCAGGAGUACAAGCACCUCAUGAUGAUUAUUCAGGAUUCCUUGAAGUUCAUUAAUGAGGGCAUGGAGCAGCUGAAGCAGCAUGAUCUGUCUGUUCUGAGUGAGGCCAGGAGGGGCUCAAUGAAAGUGGCCAAGAUUGUACAACUGGCCACGACAGGAGGAGCAAGUGCCAGGGCCAUAGAGGCUAACAGUAAGGCCUCUGGGCUGAUGGAAGGCUUCGCCCUCGGCAUGGAUCUCUACUUAUCCCAAGGAAAGAACAAUCAGAAGCAAAAGAAGGGCCUUAAUUCGGCACUUGCAAAGAAAAUCCGUAUGCUAGCAGUGGAGCUAAAUAAGGGUCUGGAUGAGCUCAAGGACCUGUUCAGUGAGCAUUGUUCGGAGGAGUGAAGCAUUUCCAAAUUUUAUAAUUGAUAUUUGAAAAAAAGAGGGAAUACACUGCCUGGCAUCUAUUUAGCCAACUUCAAAGGUCAGAAUUUUAGAUGCUUCUCUGAUAUUUCUUUUUGUUUUGCUUUUAAUGUUAUAUCUGGACACAAUAUAUAUCAUCUGGAAUUUGAAUACAUUUAUUUUCAAAUUAUCUCUAUCCAUUUAAUUUGCAUUUUGUUUUUUAUGUUAAAUUUCCACCUGAGUUUUUUUAAAUAGACUUUAAAGUGCCUUUGUGUAGGAAAUGUGCCACACAGCUACACUUGCUUUACUUUGUUUUUACCUCUCCUGCUUUAAAUAUUUGGUAUUAUUGGUAUGUCACUUUGAAUGAUUGUUCUCUGAUAUAAAAAUUCAAACUGA